UGGCUGCUUGGAGAAGUAGGACAGAAACAUUUGUCUGUUUUUGAGGGUGGCCAGGGUUGUUUUUGGAGCUUUGAUUUUUGCAAUGGCAGAAACACUCUGGAAGCCUUUGUGGAUUUUGUUACUAGUACUGAGUUAUGCUGAUGCAGGAAGUGUUUACAGGCAUCAUUGUACAAAAGAUGGUGCUCAGGAUGGGAGCACUGAAAGUACUACUGCUCAGACAAGCUCUGAUUCUGGAUUUGUGCCUAGUCAAGAAGCUUAUUUUGAGGAAACCCAGGACUUCUCAAAAACUCAGGCCUUUGAUAGUAGUUUGACCAAUGCAGGCUCAAGGGCAUUCAGUUUUCAGGGAACUACCUACACCUCAAGCUUUCAGCCACUAACUAGGGAUCUUAAGCCUGCCCUAAGCACCUCCUUCCAACAAGCCUCAGACCAGUCUGUGCAGACAGCAUACCAGCAGGCAGGUUCAGCCCGGCCUGUCCAGAGCAGCUGCCGACGGGUAGCUUCAGCCCGGCCUGUAGCGAGCGGCUACCAACACGUGGCUUCAGUCCGGCCUGUAGCGAGCGGCUACCAACAGGUUGCUUCCGCCCGGCCUGAAGCGAGCGGCUACCAACAGGUUGCUUCCGCCCGGCCUGAAGCGAGCGGCUACCAACAGGUGGCUUCCGCCCAGCCUGUCCCGAGCAGCUACCAUCAGGUGGCUUCAACCCAGCCUGUCCCAUCUGCUUCCCAGAGAGUAUCUUCCGCCCAGCCUGUAGCGAGCAGCUACCAACAGGUGGCUUCCGCCCAGCCUGUAGCGAGCAGCUACCAACAGGUGGCUUCCGCCCAGCCUGUAGCGAGCAGCUACCAAAAGGUGGCUUCAGCCUGGCCUGUCCCAUCUGCUUCCCAGAGAGUAUCUUCAGCCCAGCCUGUAGCGAGCAGCUACCAACAGGUUGCUUCAGCUCAACCUCUAGCGAGCAGCUACCAACAGGUGGCUUCCGCCCAGCCUGUAGCGAGCAGCUACCAACAGGUGGCUUCCGCCCAGCCUGUAGCGAGCAGCUACCAACAGGUGGCUUCCGCCCAGCCUGUAGCGAGCAGCUACCAACACGUGUCUUCAGCUCAACCUGUAGCGAGCAGCUACCAAAAGGUGGCUUCAGCCUGGCCUGUCCCAUCUGCUUCCCAGAAAGUAUCUUCAGCCCAGCCUGUAGCGAGCAGCUACCAACAGGUUGCUUCAGCUCAACCUCUAGCGAGCAGCUUCCAACAGGUGGCUUCAGCCCCGCUUUUCCCAUCUGCUUCCCAGAGAGCAUCUUCCGCCCAGCCUGGAGCGAGCAGCUACCAACAGGUGGCUUCCGCCCAGCCUGGAGCGAGCAGCUACCAACAGGUGGCUUCCGCCCAGCCUGGAGCGAGCAGCUACCAACAGGUGGCUUCAGCUCAACCUGUAGCGAGCAGUUACCAAAAGGUGGCUUCAACCCCGCUUUUCCCAUCUGCUUCCCAGAGAGCAUCUUCAGCCCAGCCUGGAGCGAGCAGCUACCAACAGGUGGCUUCCGCCCAGCCUGGAGCGAGCAGCUACCAACACGUGGCUUCCGCCCCGCCUUUCCCAUCUGCUUCCCAGAGAGUAUCUUCAGCCCAGCCUGUAGCGAGUAGUUACCAAAAGGUGGCUUCAGCCCCGCUUUUCCCAUCUGCUUCCCAGAGAGCAUCUUCAGCCCAGCCUGUCCUGAGCAGCUACCAGCAGGUUGCUUCCGCCCAGCCUGUAGUGAGCAGCUACCAACGCGUGGCUUCAGCCCAGCCUGUCCCAUCUGCUUCCCAGAGAGUAUCUUCCGCCCAGCCUGUAGCGAGCAGCUACCAGCAGGUUGCUUCCGCCCAGCCUGUAGUGAGCAGCUACCAACGCGUGGCUUCAGCCCAGCCUGUCCCAUCUGCUUCCCAGAGAGUAUCUUCAGCUCAACCUGUACAGAGCAGCUAUCAGUCUGGCCUUUCUUCCCCAAGUGUUGGCUUUGGUUCUAGUGCUGUGGGAACCGGACAAAGUGCUUCGAGUCUGUACAGCUCUCAGGACGUUUCCUCUACUUCAACCUACAAGCCCUCUGUUGGCGCUCUAGGACCUGCCCAAAGCACGUACCAGCAGGGAGUUUCAUAUCGGCCUGUGCAGAGCACUUUGCCAUCCAGCUUUGUUUCUAGGGCAUAUCCAUACGCCUCAAGCUUUAAGCCCUCUACUAGCACUUCAAAGCCAGUCCAAAGCGGCUACCAGCAAAAAGCAUCAGAUCAGCCUGUCCAAACUGCUUCCCAGAGAGUAUCUUCAUCCCAGCCUGUAACAAGCAGCUACCAACAGGUUGCUUCAUCCCAGCCUGUAGCAAGCAGCUACCAACAGGUGGCUUCAGCCUGGCCUGUCCCAUCUGCUUCCCAGAGAGUAUCUUCAGCCCAGCCUGUCCAGUCAGCAUACCAGCAGGUAGCUUCCACACAGCCUGUGUGGAGUAGUUCUCCACCUAGCUUUGUUUCCCAAAAGGUUGGCUUUGAUUCUAGUGCGGGGAGAGGCUCCGGGGUGUCCUCCUAUACCUCAAGCUUUAGGCCCCCCACCAGCAUUUCUAAGCCUGUCCCAAGCAGCUACCAGCAAGUAACUUUAUCCCAUCCAGCUCAGAGUAGCUACCCGCCUGAAGCUGCUUUCCAAAAUAUUAGAAUGGAUUCUUCUUUGACUGAAGUGGUAGGAAGUGUCUUGAGAAAUGACUACGGUUCUGAAGUAGCUACAACUGGAUUAAACUACAGGCCUUUCACCAGCAUAUCUACACCUUCCCAAAGUACUUGCCGACAGGUGACUGCAGCCCAGCCCGUUCAGAGCCGAUACCAAGAUGUGCCUUUUUCCCAAACCAGCUAUGGUGCUAGUUUGAGUGGUGUGACUUCAACUGGUUCAAGGAGUCUGUAUACCCCUUCAGACUCGGUGGCUUCUGCUCAAGCGUUCAGAUCACCAUAUUCCUAUGCUCAGGCUUUGAGUUCCCUAGACAACUCUCAACCCUCUGCUGGCUCUCCAAGAUUAACAUGGACACAAAAGGUGCUGGAGUAGCUGAUAGCUUCCACUCCAUGGUGGGAUUGUCGCAGCAGCUGAACCUUUGAUUCAAAACUUUCUAAAUAAAUAUUCAACUCUUU